GCUCACGCGCAGUGGGGAGCGCACGCAGGCUGGCUCGUCGGGGAAACGGCAUUCAAACAAUUAUCAUGAAUUUAAACGUGUUGUUUUUUGCACAUUUGCUAAUAUAGAUUUUUUUUAAACAACUUUCUUAUGACCGUUGGAGCCAGUGCUAAUAACUGCAAUAUAUUUGCAAAAAGUAGUAUCGACUGUUGCAAACUAACCGGCUUUAUGCAGUCAGGCGGCUAGGCCUCGCCUGGCCCGCAGUGUCUCGGUUCAAGCAUGCAUCCCUCCUGGGGCGCUUACGGAGGUGGACACCAGCCUCCUCCGCACUUCGGCCCGCGGCCUCAUCAGUUCAGGGGAGCUCAGCCUCCGGCACCACCGCCACCACAACCGGCAGCAGCAGCUGGAGGGGGGUUCGGAGGAUAUGGCGCUCCGUCUCUUCCAGCGUCGUCCAAUUUCUCCAGUUUGCACGAACAGCAUCUACAGCAGAUGCAGCAGUUGCAGCAGCUCCAUCAGAAGCAGCUGCAGUCGGUGCUGCACCACUCCGGCAACGCCAGCGGGCCUCCGUACUGGCAGGCGGGCCCCAACAGCUUUCAGGACCCGUCAGCUCUGAGAGGUCCUCCCGGUCAGCCUCAGCCUCCGCCGCCGGAUGGGAAGCCUCCAGCUCCGGAGCCUUCAUCGUCUUCCUCGCCCGCAGUGAAGACCCCCGCUCCAGCACCACAGGUUAGCGAAGCCAGUGCAUCGAUGGCGGAUGAAAAGCCCGACUUUUCGUCGAUGUCUCUGCAGGAGCAGCAGGAAUAUUGGUAUCAGCAGCAUCGACAAAAUUUGCAGAAGCUGAAAAAUGAGAAGGCAAAGCAGAAUCAAAAUUCGUCUAAUGGAAACAAUGCACCUGCUCCACCGCCUCCAGUGGCCCCUAAAAGCACCCCUCCACCCCCACCUCCCAAAGAGGACCCCUCCUCCCCACCACCAGAUGAAUCAAAGUCCACUAGCCUCACUGAUACAGGGGACCCAGCGGAAGCAGCACGUCUUCAACAGCUGCAGGCGGCAGCUGCCCAUUGGCAGCAUGUACAGCAUCAGAGGGCCAGCAUUCAGUACCAGGCACUGAUGCAAGAGCAUGCUCAACUACAGCAGGUCCUGCAACAGUACCAGCAAGUUAUUCAACAGCCAGCACAUCUACAGACAAUGCCUUUGGAGAUGCAGUUGCAGCACUAUGAAAUGCAGCAACAGCGCUUUGGUCCCUUGUACCAAGAGUGGGACAGGCACUUUAAUUUGUGGUUAGAACAGUUUCAGUCAUACCCACACAAAGACCAGCUUCAUGAUUACGAAGCCCAGUGGAGACAAUGGCAAGAGCAAAUGAAUUCAACUUCUGCUCAUCUGCAAGAGAGAGUCACAUCUCUAAGAGCUAUGCAGCAUCAGUAUGGUACAGCUCCUUCAUUUGGGGGCAUGAUGGGACCGUAUGGGCAGCAUCGACUCCCUGUACCAGAUGGAAACAUGCAUUUACCCAACCCAGGGCUUCCGUCAAUGCCUCCACCUGUUAACAUGGACGCCAUGCAAGGACCUUCACCACAGGUCCCACCACCAGUUAUUCCACAGGGGCCAUCACCUGCAGAACCAUUCCCAUCAUCUGGGUCAAAUUCUGGAUCAGAAACAGGUAAAACUGUUGGACCACCUGGACUAGGGCCUCGGCCUCCUGGACCACCUCUUGGGCCCCCUGGACCUCAUGGAAGAUUUGAUGGCCCAAGGUUUGAAGGUCCCAGAGGCCCACGGUUUGAACAGCCACACCAGCAGCGGUUUAGUGCACCACCUAGAUUUGACGGUGGUCAGCGAUUUAAUCGACUUCCCAGAAGUAACGCUCCUCACCCUGGGCCUCCAGCAAGACCUGAGAAUCCCCCUAGACUGAAUGCACCCACACGAUUUGAAAGACCCCCUGUACCUCCUCCACAACCAGGGUACGGACCGCAAUCCAGUCCUGUCCUUGGCAUUCAAAUGAAGCAACAAUUAGCAAAACCUGAUGCACCACCAGUUGCUCCAUCUCAAUUGGGCCUAGAAAAAAACAAAAAUGCCCAAAAUCAAAAUAUUAAAGAUGGGACUUCCACUGGUCCGUCACUGACAGAUGACAUAUUGGACUCUGUGGAUGGGUUUUUUAUUCAGAGUGAACCUAUUCCUCAAACUAAGGAUAAUAAGUCUGAUGAUACCAUUGCUGAUACUCCAAAGCAGGAUAAGUUAAAAGAAGAUGCUACUAAACCUUCUAUACCUACAGAAAGUCCAAACACCAACAAAAACUCUCAGAAACCAAGCUCACAGCCUUCUAAAACCAACAAUGUUACAAAUGUGCCACCACAACAAGCAAAGCCUCCUCAAAAUGAUAAGUUUAAACCUGAUGCACCUAAGGAGGCUCCUAGGGGGCCACAUGUGAUGAAUCAAACAGGUCCACCGCAGUUAACCCGAGGAAGGGGAAGAGGCCAAGGGCCUGUGCCUCUCAGAGGUAGGGGCCGGGCGCGUGGUCGAGGACAAUACGGAGGACAAAUGGUUGAUCCCAACUGUCAGAGAGAAAUUAUGUCAGAGGGUCCCUAUGACCAUCAGCAAACAGAUGAUGGAACUCAUGGGGAGGACCAGGAUUUGACUUGGAGAGACCCCUCUUUGGAAGGUCCUGGAGAAAUAGAUGAGCAAGAAGGAACACAUGAGAUGUGGCAUCCAGAGGAGGAACACUUCCAGGAAGAGUACUAUGAAAUGCCUAGAGAGAGAAGACCUCCAGUGGGUCACAGGGAGCACCCAGAGAGCACUCAAGCAGAAGAAAACUGGGAAGAAGAACCACAGGAAUACUGGGAGGAAGAAGAUCCUUACUGGACAGAGAGAAGACCUCCCAUGCGUGCUAGACCUCCUUUUCCUCCAGGUGGCCCCAGAAGACCCCCUUUUCAUCCUCGUUUUAUGCUUCAUGGUCCAAGGCGACCCCCUCCUCCUGGUCCCCCACAUGGACCUCCUCACAUGGGACCACGUGGGGUAAUGGGACCACGGUUCAGACGUGGUCUAGGCUCAUGGGGUCCACCCCCGGCCCGCCAUGAUAUGAUGGAGCGAGACAUAAGACGGCCACCAGCACCUCAUGAAAUCUUAGCAAGGGAACCAGCUGGUCCUCUUGGAUAUAAAGAAGAAAUGGACCGAGAACCUGGAUGGUCUCAUCCUCGUGGGAGAGGGCUGAGACGUCCUCCUAUACCUCCCCAUGAAAUGGAGAUUAGAAGACCUCCCUUGAGACCCUCAAUGCCAAGGGAGAGGUGGCAUGGCCCUCCACCCCAUGAAGAAGAAAAUUAUGAGGAGGAAUUCCCGUAUGAUGCAGGGGAUGAUACGUACAGAAGGCCAACUCAUGAGUAUCCAGAUUAUGAGCAAGACGAUGAGUAUUACGGUUCUCGUGAGGAGUGGGGCAGGGAGCAACUUGACAGAGACUAUCCACCACGUCGCCCCCCAGAGCACAUUAGAGAGGAUCAUUGGUUAGAGGGAAGAGAAAGGUCAUUUCCAUAUGACGAUGAGAAUCGAUAUAGAGAGGAGCGAAUAGGACCACCUUAUCAAGAACGUGACAGGGAGACUCCUUAUCACUCUCGUUCUGAUUGGGAAAGGAGCCCACCUCCACCCCCACCCCCACCAGAGAGAGCUUACUCUCAUCCAGUUGGUGAAACUGAUCCCCAUUAUGACCAUAACCCAGAGCCGCUAACUGGUCUGCCCGCACCUCAAGCUCUGGAUGCUCCACUUGAAGAGUCUUUACCUGGUGCGAAUAAAACUGUACUUGCUCUUUCUCAAAGGCAGCACGAGAUCAUUCUCAAAGCUGCCCAGGAGUUGAAAAUGAUAAGAGAGCUCCAGGAAAGCAAGAAGGUUUUGGGGGAAGCUUCGAACACAGAGAUAGUCGGCAUGCCUUCAGAACUUCCCCCUGGAAUUCUUGGAUUAGAAAUACCACCUGAAGUCAAAAGUGCUCUGAAGGCUACCAAUAUAUUGUCAGAAACGGGACAGACUAAUCAACCCUUGGAAGCUGGUUUUCCCCCUUCAAAUCAGUCUGCAGGCUUCCUUCAUUCUUCAGCUCCUCCUCCUACAGCCUCAUUCAUUGCUAAAACAGUGGAUUAUGGGCAUGGCCGUGAUGCUGGUGCUACAGUGGAAAGGAUUUCUUACGGAGAGAGGAUUGUGUUGAGGCCUGCUCCGCCGCCCUCUGAGCGAUCCUAUGAGAAAGAAUUGCUUGGUCACAGAGACCCAUACUAUGACAGAAGAAGUGACCCAUAUGGUGGUCCCAGAGAUUAUGACAGGGAUUGGGAGAGAGAUCUGUACAGGGAGAAGCCACAUAUGGAGUAUGAGAGAGACCGAUAUGAAAGGGAUCGUUUCUUAAGAGAAGAACGACCUUCACUUGGGCUUCGUCCCGGACACAGAGACAGAGAAAGAGAUCAUCCAAGCCGCUCAAGCAGGGAUCGGGAGGUUUAUAACAGAUCAAGCUAUGACAGGUCUUCUUAUGAAAGGAGUCUUGAGCAUUAUGACCAUGGAUCCUCAAGCUAUGGUGGUGAUCGAAGGAGCUAUCCAGAUGAGCGUCCUCCACCACCCUCAUCACUGCCCCCUCCUGCUCCUGUUGCUCCCCCUCGUGUGGAGAAAAAACCAGACACAAAGAAUGCCGAAGACAUCCUCAAACCACCAGGUCGAUUAACUCGGCCUGACAGGAUCGUCGUCAUUAUGCGUGGGUUACCUGGAAGUGGCAAAAGUCAUGUUGCAAAGCUUAUUAGGGAUAAAGAGGUUGAAUGCGGUGGUGCGCCACCCAGAGUUCUUGGGCUAGAUGACUAUUUCAUGACUGAAGUAGAAAAAGUUGAGAAGGACCCUGAUUCUGGGAAGCGCGUCAAGACCAAGGCUCUUGAAUAUGAAUAUGAACCAGAAAUGGAAGAUACUUAUCGAAGCAGCAUGCUGAAGACAUUCAAGAAAACACUGGAUGAUGGAUUUUUUCCCUUCAUAAUCCUGGAUGCCAUCAAUGAUAAAGUGAAGUACUUUGACCAGUUCUGGAGUGCUGCUAAGACAAAAGGGUUUGAGGUAUACUUGGCUGAAAUCACUACUGAUCACCAAACAUGUGCAAAGAGAAACAUACAUGGGCGAACACUGAAGGAUAUUACAAAGCUGGCUGGUAGCUGGGAAUCUGCGCCACCCCAUAUGGUACGACUAGAUAUCAGGUCUCUGCUGCAGGACGCUGCCAUUGAAGACGUGGAGAUGGAAGACUUUAACCCAUCUGAAGAAGAACCAAAAACUGAAGUGAAACAGGAAGAUGAUGAUGAGACUGAUCUGGGAUACCUUCCGAAAAGCAAAUGGGAGAUGGACACAUCAGAAGCAAAGCUUGACAAACUGGACGGUCUGGCGGGUGGAGGCAAGAGAAAACGAGAAUCUGAUGUGUCUGGCAUGGAGGACUUCCUUCAGCUGCCCGAUGACUAUGCCAGCCGCAUGUCUGAACCUGGCAAGAAGAGGGUGCGCUGGGCUGAUCUCGAAGAGAAGAAGGAUGCUGACAGAAAGCGCGCUAUUGGUUUUGUAGUCGGUCAGACAGACUGGGAGAAAAUCACGGAUGAGAGCGGCCAGCUUGCUCAGAGAGCUCUUAACCGCACCAAGUAUUUUUAGGAGAUUUUGUAAUGACAUUUGUACAGCAUUUAUGGUCACCAGUUUGUGAAAUUCUUCACUUCCAAAGUGUACUGCCCGAUGAAGAAAGAGCAUCGUCUCUUCAGAAACCGGCGAUUAGUUGCCGCUCGAUCCCGUAGUACACGCAGCGGCCUUCAUACAAUACCUGGUGUAAUGUAAAUCUUUUCUGUUUUAAGCCACGAUCUUAUUUUAUUAGGUUAAGCAUUGCGCGUGUGUGGUUUUUGUAUCAGUGGUGCAACUGACUGUAGGCGAUAUCCUUACUUUUUUUAUUUUUUAUUCCAUAGAUCUAAUGUUUUUUGGCCUGAAAUAUUAUUGUAGUUCACCCACAUGUACCCACACUCAAUAAAGCUUACAAAACGGUCUCAUAAAAAAAAAAAAAGUCAUUUUUCGCAUUACGCUGCUAUUAAAAAUCCGAAUUGUGAAACUUUGGUUUGGUGGCUAAGCUGCAAAUAAAGGUUCGAAAGAAACUCUUCAGAUUGACGCAAGACGCAUGACUUGCUUACAAAAUAGUUUACUGGCUUCUCAUGUGGCAACGUAUUGAAUGACGGGUCUGUUCCAGCGGUUGUUUUACUGGCCCGCUUAUUUGCUUUGCCACAUAAGUUGCCGGUAAACACGAGCUUGAAUUUUGCAUAACUGACAUACGACUUCUGCAGAGUUUGGCUCGACCGAUGCUUUGUGUCAUAAAACCUCCUAAUUAACAUUUAUAUUUGCAUAUAUGUUUUUGUAAAAUUCCACAUGUGACCCUGAAAUCCUUUUUGUAUGCAAAUACUGCCGUUUCGACAUGAGCUCGUCUAAUUUUGAACGAAAAAAAAACCAGUUGUUUGCUAUACAACGAGAACUGAGCUUUAUUAAUAAUAGUUCAAUAUGCAGUUUUAUGUAUUGUGACGAACCUCGUCGGUUGGAAUAUGUAAUGCAUUGCAGUGCUAUUUGGGUUCUUUAAUGAAUGCACACUGGGCGUUAGUGCACUUGUGUUAUCAAGUGGUCCACCAGACAGUGAUGUUCAUUAAAUGCUCAUAAAACAACGUUCAGCGUCUAAAUAUUCUGAUAUAAAUAUAAAUGCAGUGACAUUAAAGGUAAGUGUGAAAAUGCUGCACAAUCCGUGAUGAACUUUCAAUCUGUGAAUAUAUUGUGUAUUUUUUUUUUUUUAACGAGUGUUUCGUCAUAUUUAAUUGGGUGCUUUAAUUUAUUUUUCUGGCAAUGCAAACAUUUUUAUUGACAAUUUGAGGACUUGUGGAUAGUGAUGUAUAUAGCUAACUCAAAAAAGAGAGAAAGAAAAAAAACAGAUGCUCUCUUCCGUCUUUGCAACUCAGUAUGGACAAAUGAAUUGAAAUCGACACCUUCAAGGUUAUACAUUAUGCAUCUUCUUCUGGUCCUGGAGUUGUAGGACUAACUGCUCUGUGGUAAUUUUGUUGCCUUUGGAGCUGGACAAUUAAUUGGCUGCGGUCUGUUACUUCAAAGAAAUAGUGUUGCAUAGAAAGAAGAAUCGUUAUAGUUAAGGCAGGAUGUGUGGGUGACUAUUUUGAGCUAUUUGUUGAACGGUUCAACUGCUCCCUCUGGAGUAUAAACAUGUAAUAUUGCUCCUUUUCAAAACUGAAUAUAGUUGAUGUUUUUGUGUUUCAAGUCAUCCACAAUAUGUAAAAAAAAAAAAAAAAAGUAAUUGGUUGGCAAUUUAUUACACAUCUGCAAUGAAGAGAAAGAAUACUCUAACAUCAAUUGUUUAUAGCUACUAAUAUUACUUGUCCUUGAGAUGUGUGGUUAAAUGCAUACAUCCAUGAACAAAAAAUGUUAUAGGUUUUUAGUAAGUAAAAAAAAAAAAAAAAAAAGAAGGUUUUAUGUAUUUAAAGCGUGCAAAAAAUAAAAAUGCAUCAAACGUGAUGUAUACCCGUAGUCGCGAGAAAUAUUUCAAAAGGAAAAACCUCUGCACUAUUACAUUUACUUGUUUUGUGGCAUCUUCAACAGUCUUCUCAGAGGCUGAUGUUGACAUUUUAAGGGGCAACAUGUAGUCCUGUGAAAAGCAAAAAUUAGUAUUUCUAAGAUUAUUCAAGUAUUUUUAUUAUUCAAGAUAUUACUUUGCCAUGUUGUUCUCUCAUGAGGCAGUAUACUGUGCAAACUUCACAAUACAAUUAACAGCUUAGUUCCAGUCACCUUAUGAUCUUAAUUCACAUGAUUUUUUUAUUUAUUUAUUUAUUUUUGUUAGGUGCUUAUAAUACCUUAAAGGAACAGUUCGCCGGUCAUUUACUCACCCUCAAGGAGUCCCAAAACUUUAUGAAUUUCUUUGCCAAACACAAGGUUUCCAACCAGGCUCCUUUUGGUCACCAUUAGGGGAAAAAAGUCAAUGGUGACCCGAAUCAACCUGGUUACAAACAUUUUUCUAAAUAUCUUCCUUUGUGUUUGGCAGAUCAGAUUUAUUUUUGGGUGAACUGUUCAUUAUAAAAAAACAUGAGUGGUGUAAUAUGUAGGUCUGGAUCAGACAUAUUAAUAAACUUGACUGCAUUAAGUAUUUCAAUGAUUUGUUAAAGUAACUCUACACUAUUUGACCUCCCCUAGAGUCAAAGAAUUGAGUUUGAGUAGCAUAGAUCAUUUCAUCUGAUUAGACCAUUAUCAGAUAGUUUCUAUAUUUUUUUAUUUAGAGACUGUAUUUUGCUCACAUUGCUACUUUUAUGGCGAACAAUUCCUCUGUGAGAGUCAAUCCACAAAAAAAAAACAAUUGUUUGGCUUUGUAAUCUUUAAUCUGAAGAUGCAAUUCCCCUCUGAAAUAACGGCCUUCUCUGAUGACAUCAGUUUGACGGCUUGAGCAUGACAUCAUUAACCACGCCCCCUCCAACUGUCAGUGUUCAUUUCUAACUAAAACAUCUACUUUACUACAUCCAAUCAGAUCGCAGUAGAAAAAACAAUCCACACUCUCUGUUCCUCAUUCAAUAUUCAGUUUCUCUCUGGAGUAAAACCUAAUGUGUCUGUCAAGGCUCUCCUAAAAGGAAACUUAAACAGUCAAUUUAUGCAGUUUUUCAAGGCCAAGCUAAACAUUUUGUGACGGGGGAAUGAAAUAGAAGUUACUGGACUUCUUUCCCUCUGUUGUUGAAAUCUGGUACAUUACGAUGUCUUCCUAUCAGCCCAUAAACUUCCAUUUUGGUUGGAAGUAUUGAGUCUACUCACUGUUUUUUGUUUUUUUUUUUUUUUUUUUCUGAUAUUUCCCUUUCAUCAUUGGAAGGCCUGUAACUUGCCAGUCAAAAAUGGGUGAGAGGUGUAUCUUUCUUCAAGUUAUUAGUUACCAAAUCACCACGGGUAAGAACCAGUGAGCACAAUGUUCCUCCUUAACUGAGCAGGACGGCGGCUUUUCAAAGAUGCUGUUUAGUCACUGCUGCUAGAAUCCGCCAUAUUAAUGGCAAAGCGCUCAACACUGCAGGGAUCUGAGUGGUUGGGACUGGGGUUUUUUCUAUUUUCAAUAAUGCCAACGCAGUUCCUUGGAAAUUCACAUUCAGUGUAAACGAAGCUCUCAGCUGAUCAAUUGCAUUCAUUCCAAAUUGGCAGCUGUUUAGAAGUAUCCUGUGCUAAUAUUAACAGCCCUCCAUCUCCCUCCCAACUGCCUCUCCGUGUUAUGAACUCCAGUGGGUGCUAGGAUUUGGGAUUGUGGACGUUCAUCAGCCAAUCAGCGUCACCGUGUCAUUUCCCUGCAGCUCCAAAGCGUUUAGUUACAUGGCGGCACAUCUCCGGAAAGAAGUGAAAAUGUCUUUUCCAUGAAGAUUUUUUUUCCACGUCACAUACUUUGCGGGUGUCAAAGCUAAUAGAGUUGAGCAGCUUCGUUUUGAGAGAGAAGUGGAAGUGCUACCGGAUGACUCUCCAGGUAUUUCACCUCUCAGUUUAAGUCUCCUACGUUCCCAUUUCUACAACCGACUGGGUUAAAAUGUCUUCGGAUGGAAGCUAACCAAGGACUAUCGGACUGCAGCUUCAUUUGUCCCGGAUGUCCAAACAUCAAGCCAUAUACGGCUGUUAUAUUUGUGCUAAUUUUGCUCCAUGUAUGUUUAUGUGAAUACAUUCUGCCAAUACCAGCAGCCAUACCAACUACACUACUAAACUACAUUUUUCAGCAGCUCAGCUGUAUCUUUUGUAACAAUGUUCCUGGAAUUCUUUACCUGCCAUUCAUGCGCUCAAUCCUGUUCCUGGAGAUCUACCUGCCUGCAAAUUUAAAGGGUAGAGUAAAAAAAAAUAUUCUUGUAGCGUCACAAAACUGAAGUUGAGCCACUCAUGCAUUUACGAUGUUUCUGGACCUGGGAUCAUUUCAGUUGUGUUGCCGACUAUGGAGGGUCAGAUCUCCGAUUUCAGCUAAAAUAUCUUCAUUUGUAGAUAUUUCCUCCCACAGCUACGUCCAGAGACAAGCAAGGAGAUCUCACAUCAGGGGUUCUACCGUAAUUUACGAAGCUAGGAGAAUCCAUUUUGUUAUACACACAAAAUAGAAAAAGUGACUGUAACAAUUGGGCUCCUCUAGCUGUUUUGGAGAGUAUCCACUGAACGCGAAUAGCGUACACUUUUCUGUGUCAGCCGUGACAAUAAAGUGAUUAUUAUUGGAUUCUUGUAGUUUCGUAAAGUUACGGUUGAACCCCUGAUGGAUCAUGGAUUAUUUCACUAAUCUCUUUGAUAUAUUUCUGGACGUUGGCAGCCAUCAGAAAGCAUCAAAAAGUGUGAGUGUGAAAUUGAAAUACUUGGCAAGCUACAAUUUCUUACUAGUUUCCUCCACGCUGCUUGUUCAUUUAAUCAUUUUGUUUUCUAAAUAAUAAAAUUGUAUCAAUUGAGGCAUGGACUGAAAUAAUUUUGCUCAUUAAAGGACUACACCAAAUCAUCCUUUCAUGCUUUCGUUUUGAUGCUUUCAAAAAAAAAAGCAUCAAAAGAAUCUGUUGGUAUUAUUCUGUCAAUGUUACAAAAUGUGUGACAGAAAAAGUCGUUCGAAACUUUCUCGGAAGAAAAUAACUUUCACAAAAUGUAUUUCUAUCCAUUUGGUUCUGGCUUUAGGUUUAUGGUAAGCGACUUGAAGCUUGAACAUACGUGAUAACUUCUUUUUUGUUGUUUUUUGGCACACCUAAUAUUCCUGGCAACAUACUUUAUAUAUACUUCCUUCAGUUAUUGUCUUCCUACCUCAUAUAACAUUAAGUAUUUGACAGAUUUCAUACACAUGGGAACACGCUCCAUUCACCCCACUGAGGCCGUCGUAGUGUAUACACACGCUGUCAGAUGCUGUAUUGUGUUGCACAACAUCCUUUUGCGCAAGUUUAUUGUCUGUUAUAAAUUAAGCGUGAAGGCCAACAGGAACACCAUCCCCAUUGCGUAAAUAUAUUACCCAGGACAGACCGCACAGAAAACAGUUAUGCAAUGCAUAAUGAAAGUAUUGAUUUUGUUUGUCUGAUUCUUAUUCGAAGGAUGAUGGACAACACGAUGGCAGUCCAGUUUUUGUGCAGUGCCUUGACUAACGCAUGACUUAAAGGCGUAGCUCACCUAAAUAUGACCAUUUACACGAUUGAUUUUUUUGACGCCAUUCCAAACCUGCAACUGACUUCUUAAUGUUAAACACUAAAAGAGGAAUUUGGACAAAUGUAGUGGCUUCUCUUUUCCACAUAAUGAAAGUGGAUGGGGAUUAGGGCUGUUACAAAAGUAAACUUAAUUUUAUUUAGCUACGAAUUACUUGAUAUAUAGUUAUUAUAUCUCUUUUUCUUUUAUUCAUUUCUUUUAUUUAUCUUUUUUGUCAUUUUGGAGCUUAACUGGCUGGUUGGUUCAUGUGGCCAGUACAUUUGUUCACAUUUAUCCUUUGUUCCACAUUUUUACUGUUCGUUUCUGUCAUUCGGAUACCAACUUGACAUAGUUGAUAUGACACAGAUAAGAUACUACUAAAUAUAACGUAGAAACUUCAGUCGAAACGUACAUUUUCUGUAAAGCUGCUUUGCAGUGAUUAGUAUGCAAAUAAUCUUGAAUUGAAUCGAACGUGCAGGUUUGGAAGAACAUGAGGCGUCAGUGAACGAUGCCUUUAAGUCGCCAUGUCUUGGUGCUGCUGAACAGAUGGCCUGCAAGCUGCCUUCGGGGUCUGCUUCUCAAACAGGGGAACACUAUUCUGACGGCAUAGCACCUCAGGUAAGCCUUUCUCAUACCAUGCAUUAAUAAAUAUAUUUUCAAGUGUGUUUGGACAUUUCAGUUAAAAAAAAACUUAAAAUAAAGAUUAUUUCUCAUUCAA